AUCACCAACUUUUUCUGAUAAGAGAAAAACUGGAAACCAAUGGAGGAGUCUUUUCAUGGUGGCGUAGGCGGGUCCCAUUGGACACGGUUCCAAAAGCCUUUAUGGCCUCCUACAACUACAAAUACCCCCACAUUCCCUUCCUCCCAUUGCCAUCAAGCCACACCCAGUUCCCCCUCUCUCAAACCAUCAUCCUCGCUCAUCUAAUUUCCUCUGUUAUUUCCCUCACAGCAAAGCAAAGCACUCCCCAGCGGUCUCUUUGCAGACCCCUGUUGGAUGCUGUUGCUUUUCUCUUGAGAUAAACACAUAUUUAGUACAAUCUGCCCAGUACUUGGACAUGUCUGCUCCACUUAGCAAGAGCCUCCGCUUAUCUUCAGCUUUGAACAUCACUGAGGAGGCCAUGGUCACCAAGAAGCAAGGUAUAGUAUCCAUUCUGGGAUCCGAUACCGACAGACCAUCCAGAGCUGCCUCACUUAGAAGAACUCUGUCAGCUGAUAUGUCCUCCAAGAAAUGGCUUACUGAAUAUGGACUCUCUCCCCUGAAAAAGAUUGCAUCCUCCGAGGAAUUCCCUUUUUCCAUCAUAGACUCGUCCUCUGAAGGAGGGGAAGAGGAUUAUGAAGAAAGGAAGGACACUGAAGCACGAGGUCAAUUCGACAUCUGGACUUCGAUUCAACAAGAGAAGAACAAGAAGGAGCUUGAAAAGCCUGGACAGUUCGAUAUGUGGACCUCAAUCAUAUCAGAGAAGGCUCAGGAAGACUCUUCAAAGCCACUUACCCCUCCUUAUAUUCACCCUCUUGUGAAAAGAUCAGCUAGUUCUUUAAGCGAGAAAAGCCUCGAAAUUUGCACUGAGAGCCUUGGUUCCGAGACUGGUUCAGAUGGGUUCUCUUCAUACCCUCCAUCCGAAACUGGUGACAUGGAGGAAGAUAAAGAGGAAGAUCAAGAACUCCAACAGCAAAAGCAGGAGAGAGUGGCACAGCUGAAUUCUUUUGAUGGUGAAGAACCAAGAAUUGUGAAAUAUAACUACGAUGUUGGCAAGAAAUCGCCACACCGAUCAUUUCCUCCACCAAUUCCUUCUCUUUCUCGCAUAGAUGGAGCAUCUGUCCGCAUGAAGACUCAUCGUGAUAAUGGCAGAUUGGUUCUUGAAGCUGUUUCUAUGCCUUCACUGAACAACUUUCUUGCUCAACGCCAGGACGGUCGCCUCGUUCUUACUUUUGCGAAUACCACUCCUAGUGAAGCAGAGUCCAUGGUUAAUGAAGUAAUGAAUGUUGAAGAAGAAGUAGAAAAGGAAGUGGAAGAUCUAGAAGAAGAGUUUGAAAGCUUUGGAGAAGAAGAGCAAGAGAGUGAAAUAGAUGAAGAAGAAGAAGAGGAAAUUAGUGAGAAUGAAAUUGAGGGAGUAGAAGAUAGGUGUUAUGUGAUAGAGCAGCCUCCUAAACUUUCGAGUGGAGCAAUGAAUGUGCAUAGGUUAGCUGUAAUGAUGAACAAGCCCAUAUGGUUAGCAAAUAGGAACCCAACAUGGCCUAAAAAUUUCGAUGAUAUAGUUAAAUUUGGAGAGGAAAGGGAGGAGAAGGUCGUCGAGACAACCGCCCCACCACUAGCACAGUCACUGCCGCCGCGACCGCGGGUGGGUAGGCUGAUACCAUCACCACCGUCAACGGCAGCAGCUGCAUCAUUCAAUGCUUAUGAGUACUACUGGAGGCCCAAUCAGCCCAUGUCAAAGGCAGCGGUUCUUAACCCACUUGGUCAACAGUCAACAUUUGCACUCGAUGACAACAGUAACAAGGAGCUUAUUCUGUCCAAGAAUCUAAUGGCUAAUGAAGAACAACAAUUGCUAGUGUUGAGAGGGAACAAAGGUGAUUACUUUGUUCCUUUGUUAAAGGGUUGCAAGGAACCUAGGAGGUCUCUUCUCUUCUGGGAGCCUUACUGCAUUGCCACUUCCUGAUGAUCAAUACCCAACCCAACUCAACCCCCCCCACACAUCAAAAUUCCAUGUCUUAAUCCAAAAUUGUGCCUAUCAUUAUUGUUGUUACUUACUACUAUCCUAUCUUCUUUCCUCUCCUUGUGUUUUUUUCUCUCUCUCCUAGCUAGUUUUUCCACCUCCACUCCUUGAGGGUGAUUGUGUAGUCAAAUUUUAAUAAAAAGAUGAAGAAAAGGGAGAGAAUACUUUUGGGAUAAUGAAAGACAGAAGACUUCAACAGUGUUUUUGUAUGUGAAAUGGUAGCAGUAAAUUGCUAUGAUACUGUGCCUAUUUGAAACAAAAUCUUUAAUUUAAGCACAUCAUCUUUUGACU